AUGGUGGCGCUAAACUCGGCCAUUGUGCUGCUAGUGUUGGCGGCGUGGCAGCAGCCAGCCACGUCAUCGCCGCCGGCGCCUAUGAUCGGGCUGGAAGGAUGCAAGACUAGCUGCGGAAAAGUGGGUGUGCCGUACCCCUUCGGCUUGGGGCCGGCACGCUGUUACUGGCCGGGGUUCAACCUCACCUGCCACCGGAGCGGCCGCGGGCCACCGCGGCUGCUCCUCGGCGACGGCACCCUCGAGGUCAUCAGUAUCUGUGUCACCACCAUGAUCCCCACGGUGCGCGUCAUAGGCACUGGGCCCAUCGUUGACGACAGCACCCCUGCAAACUCCACCUCCGAAGGCUUGUCCUCCUCCUCCUUCGGCGCCAGCUUCGCAGGCUCCAUCUACACGCUGUUCACCCUCAGAAACGAGCUAUUCCUCUUUGGGUGCAACCUCACGGUGAUGCUGGUGGAGGGCGUCGGGGAACGCAAUCCCAAGAUCAGCGCCGGCUGCACCUCCAUCUGCUCACCGGACCUGUGCAAAUACAAAGGGAUCGUUGAAGACAAGCUCUGCUUCGGCGUCGGCUGCUGCCAGGCGGAUAUCGCCGUCGCACCCAGGAACUACAGCGACUUCCUCCGUGGUGUCCCCAAUGCUGUGAAGCUGAGGUGGCAGGGGCCCAACAACCACAUCGACUUCCACAAGUCGCCAUGGCAUGUGUUCGUCGCCGAGAAGGAGUGGUUCGACAAACAUAGCAAGCUGACCAAGGCGGACACUCAGAACGGGCUACGAUCAGAACGGGCUGCAGGUCUCCGGGUUCCUUUUCUUCUCCGGUGGGGGGCGCAGCCAGGGAAGGCCGGCUUGCCAAAGCCAUACUCCUCGGGACCAAAAAAACAUAGACAAUCGUGCCCCGGCAACACAUCCCGCGUGCUAUGCAGGAGCGACCACACAGAGUGCGUAUCCUUGUCCUAUGGCUACUUCUGCAGGUGCUUAAAGGGUUACGGCGGCAACCCUUACCUCCCUGGCGCCGGCGGCUGCCGAGCUGAUGAUUCAGUCCUCGAAAAGCCCAACUCCAAAGGUUUAGUCAUUGGUAUAGCAAUUGGCAGCGGGGUGGGCUCCAUACUUUAUGUUCUCCUUGCAAUGUUUGUGACACAAAGGUUUAAACAUUUGAGGGCAAAGAAGUUGAAGCAAAAGUAUUUCAAGCAAAACCAUGGACAGUUGUUGGAACAUUUGGUAUCCCAAAAUACAGUCAUUGCGGAAAGGAUGAUCAUACCGGUGGAUGAGCUUGCAAAGGCAACUAACAACUUCGACAAAGCACGUGAGCUUGGUGGUGGAGGGCAUGGUACUGUUUACAAAGGGAUUUUAUCAGACCAACAUGUCGUAGCCAUCAAGAAAUCAAAUAUAACAGUCCAAAGAGAAAUAAAUGAGUUCUUAAAUGAGGUAGCCAUCCUCUCACAGAUCAACCAUAGGAAUAUAGUAAAACUUUUUGGGUGUUGCUUGGAGACAGAGGUCCCUUUGCUCGUUUAUGAGUUUAUUUCUAAUGGAACCCUUUACCAGCAUCUUCAUGUUGAAGGACCAAGACAAUUGCCAUGGGGAUUGAGGCUGAGGAUUGCAGUCGAAACUUCUAGUGCUCUUGCCUAUCUUCACUCAUCGGUUUCAAUGCCAAUAAUCCACAGAGAUAUUAAGUCUAGUAAUAUACUUCUUGAUGACACUUUGACAGCAAAAGUUUCAGACUUCGGAGCCUCAAGAUACAUUCCUAUUGAAAAAGCAGGCCUAACUACGAGGGUCCAAGGGACUAUAGGAUAUUUGGAUCCUAUGUACUUUUACACAGGCCGUCUUACCGAGAAAAGUGAUGUGUAUAGCUUUGGUGUCAUGCUUGUGGAAUUGCUCACCCGGAAGAAACCAUUUUCAUAUUUGUCCUUGGACGAUGAGAGCCUUGUUUCUCACUUCGUCAACUUGCUUGACCAGGACAAUCUUGUCCAAAUACUAGAUCCACAAGUCGUAGAGGAAGGAGAUGAGGAAGUCCAUGAAGUGGCCAUUCUUGCAGCAUCAUGUAUAAAGUUAACAGGUGAGGACCGACCUAGGAUGCAACAAGUGGAGCAUGCACUCAAAGGAAUUGCUGCCAGAAGAAUUGAGGAGAAUGGCAUUGCUGCAGUGAAUUGUUCAUCACAGACAAAAGAAGGGAAACGAAGCAAGGUGUCGAGCAGAAGAUACAGUAUGGAGCAAGAAUUUUUGUUGUCUGCAAGCUUCCCUCGUUAG